GUCCAGAACUCCGGCCCAUACAAAUCGAAACAGCAAGGAAACGGAAGCGGAUACGAUCGUCAAGGCGGAGGACGCGAUAGAAGACCGAGGACGUUCGACAAUGGAGCGAAGACAACCGACAACGGAAAGCGUGAACGAAACGAACGGAACGCGGCGGAUAACGAUGCACGCUCAUGGAACGGCGGAAACAAAAGCGGCCCGUGGCAAAGAAGACAGAAGCGCUGCAGAAGAUGCGGAUCGCUCGAGCAUAACGUGAAUUCUUGCGAAACGUCUCCCUCCGUCAAGUGCUUCCAUUGCGGAUAUUCCGGCCACCUCGGUUCCGCCUGUCUAAAGUUCCAAAGCGGUAAUGUUAAAGCGGUACGCCCCCCCUCCCCUUCUCCUGCCCAAGAUCCGAUUAACGAUUCAGAAACCGAUAGCGAUUGACAAUCUGGGGGAUGGAUCACCGCCGUGGGUGAUCCAAACCUGAGCCCCAGACUUGAAAUGACAAUCACGGACGGAACCACCAAUAAAAGUUUCAAAUAUUAUUGUCUCGCUGACACGGGUUCCGAAGCUACCCUGAUCUCAAGGAAUCUGGUCGAUUCACAUGGCUUGACUCUGCUCCCCGGAAACGGGAUAUCGUUGGUAACCGCGAAUCUGUCCCCCCUGAAAUGCGAUGGAAAAGUACGCGUACGCUUGUCGACAAAAGGCAGAAACACCGUGGAAGCCGAAGCCGCCGUCUGCCAAAACAUGGGGACCGACGUGAUUCUCGGGAGGCACAUCCUAACCCUUCUGUCGGUAAUACCUCGCAAUUUCCCGAAUGUCGUCGCGAGCGUCAGGCCAUACAUCGAAAGCCUGAUCUCCGAAUUUCCGGAAACUCUGUCGGAUCGUCUCCAUCAACGUUCAAUGAAAGGAAAGCCGAUGCGUAUAUUCCUAAAAGACGACGCCAAAAUCUUCCCCACACGCAGACUCACGGCCAGGCAGAUCCCACUCGCCAGACAGGAGGAAGCCGAUAA